AUGUCACACGCAACAUCUGAUGAAAACUCAAACAAAGAUAGUAACGGAACAGUCAAGCCGCCACGUUCACCUCUGUUACCAACAAUAGUCAUUAAUGGAGACGUGGUGUUAUUGGUUCAACAGAAUGGUGAAGUCUACAUAGACUUCCUUGUUGACGACGUUUACCUUGCCGGGCACAGCGGGCAAGAUAAAAAUCUUAAUAAGAAACCGCCAAAAUCCCCAAACUUUGAUGCGAAAAUCACAUCCACUUAUCACACAGACUGCAGUUAUGACACAGGCCAAAACAAAUUACCCCCAGUUAGACCUCAGAGAAGAAUUCCAAAAGUACAUCGAAGGCGUAAGGACAUCGCAGAUGAUGUGAAAGAUUACCUCGAUAACAAUAGACAGUAUCUGGAAGAGUACGUCAUGAGUUCGAUUCCCGUGGACGAACUUGAGAAUUGGCUGGUCAAGAAAACUUGUAAAAUGAUGUAUGAUGAAAAUGGUCGCAGCCAAGCAGUGAGUUCGAAGGAAAAGUUUAUGAAUAUUCUAAGCUCACUGAACGGUGUCACGAACGAGAUACAAGUGGUGAGGGAGAUUGCUCUGGCUGUGAGCGAUUCCUUGCAGGCAAACGGACUUAAAGUGUACAAGAUCUUCCCAGACCAUCCGUGCUACAUCCAAUAUUUUGUAAUGGAUAAAAAUCGGGAACUAACACAUCUCGUUCGAGCAGACCCAGACGAUACUAAGUACGUUUUAAAAGCAGCGAAGAAGCGAACCAUAUUGCAGCUAUCUAGAAUGUCGGAUCCAGAAUUAUUUAACACAGCGAAAAAUAUUCUGACGUCGAAAGAGUUGGAACUCAACUAUAUCUUGUAUCAUCCGAUACUAAACAGUUCUGGAAAAACUAUAUACGUAAUAGAACUAUGGAGGUCGACACAUUUCGACGAACAAGAUGAAGAAAUGUGUUCCAACUUCUUAAUAUGGAACAGUUUGUUAUUGAGAUAUUGUAAUUUAUAUCUGGACAAGACGAGAGAAUAUAAUAUGUCCGGGGUGUUACUGGACGUUGUGAAGUCAAUUUUCGAAUACAUAGAGUCUUUCGAUCUAGUCAUCAAGCGAAUUAUAGAAUACGCACAGAAGUUAGUGAACGCAGACAGGGCGUCUUUGUUCCUCAUCGAUCAUGCAAAAUCAGAAUUAGUGUCACCGCUAUUCGAUCUAAAAUACGAACCGGGACAAGAGCGGAACAUCGAAAGAUCAUGCAAUGAGAUAAGGAUGCCGUUGGAUAGAGGGAUCGCUGGUCAUGUUGCCGGGUCUGGUGAAACAAUGAACAUUCCGGACGCUUAUUCAGAUCACAGGUUUAAUAGGGAUGUCGAUGAAUUAACUGGAUAUAAAACAGUCAGCAUCCUAUGCAUGCCCCUCAAGUUGGAAGGCAAAAUAAUAGGGGUGGUCCAGAUGGUCAACAAAAGAAACAAUACGAAAUUCGAUCACGAAGAUGAAGUAGCCUUCGAAACGUUUGCGACCUUCUUUGGUCUUGCACUCCACCAUGCUAAGCUUUACGACAAAGUCAUGAGAAAGGAACAGAAGUACAAAGUUGCGUUGGAGGUCUUAAGUUACCACAAUACCUGCAAAGAUGACGAAGUGCAGAAGAUGUUAAAUGAUAACGAGGGAAUAAGCAUUGAUAUGAACGACUUUUAUAUAGACCCCUACAUGUUCGACGAUUUCCAAAAGUGUAAAGCUGUACUAAGCAUGUUCGACGACCUAUUCGAUCUAUCUAACUUCGAUAGGCUGUCUAUGGUGAAAUUUAUACUCACCGUUAGAAAAAACUACAGAAAUGUCCCGUACCAUAAUUUCGAUCAUGGCUGGUCUGUUGCUCAUGCGAUGUACGUUAUAAUAAAGAAUGAUCAAGAAAGGAGAUUUAAUUACAAAAUGAGGUUAGCUCUGUUUGUAGCCAGUCUUUGUCAUGAUCUGGAUCAUAGAGGAUAUACGAAUAAAUAUCUCAAUCAAACCUCAUCACCACUAGCGGCCAUGUACACUACAUCUCCCUUGGAGCAUCACCAUUUUAACAUCACCGUGAAGAUAUUACAACAGGACGGUCACUACAUUUUCUCCCACCUUUCAAGCGAAGAAUAUCAUGACAUAUUGAAGUAUAUUAAGCAUUGCAUAUUAGCUACCGAUUUGUCGGUGUUCUUUCCAAAUUUAAAGAAAAUGCAGACAAUUCUCGGUAAUGGCGAUCGUUGCAGCUUUGAUUGGCAAGAAGCUAAUAACAGCAAAUUGGCGAUGGCCAUCUCGAUGACAGCCGCUGAUCUAUCAGCCUCAACCAAACCUUGGGAUAUCCAAAAUAAGACCGUAAAGGUGAUAUUUGAAGAGUUCUAUGAACAAGGAGAUAAGGAGAGGGCGGCUGGCAAGUUACCGGAACCAAUGAUGGACCGAAAUAGACCUGAGGAACGCCCUGUGUGUCAGGUUGGUUUUCUAGAAGAAAUAUGUGUCCCGUGCUACAAAAUUUUAUGCAAAAUAUUACCAAACACGAAACCCAUGUACGAAAUGGUGGACAAGAAUCUAAGCAUAUGGAAAUCAUUAAAGAACAGGGUACAAAACGAAGAAUCCCAGAUGGCAAAUGACGAUACGUUAGCUGCUAUAUCAGAUAGUGAGCUGGAUAGUACAGAUUUUGAUGACAUUAAUGAUGUACAGACAGCCCACGAUCCAGUCCAUGACCCAAAAGGAACUUUAACUCCAGGCGAAAGCAAAAUAAAGAAAGCUUUCGAGAGUAUGAGAUCAGAUUCGUCCUGGGAUGAUGAGAGUGUUAAAAAUAUUAAAGUCAGUGAGAUAUUAAAAGUAAUACCUCAAGAAGAGUUGGCAGAUGAAGAAGGCGUAGUAACUCCUUUAAAAAUGUAUUAA